UGAAGAGCGGAUUGUGUACUGAAGGCUCCCGAUCGCUUUCAGAAGCUAAUAAAGGGCGACUUCAGCUCAGUUCACUGCCAAGGAGUGACCUUCAGAGACCAUGGCCCAGAGUCUGCAAGAGGAGGUGACCUGUCCGGUUUGUCUGGAAAUUUUCUUAAGCCCCAUUUUACUCCCCUGUGCACACAUUUUCUGCUUUCAUUGCGUGCGAAGAUGGAUGCUGGAACACAGGGAUCUGAAAUUGACCUGCCCCGUGUGUCGAGGGGUAAGUGACAGCCCCCCUUUGGAGGAAUGGCAAAUUGGAGCACUAUCGCUUCUGUUCACACAGCACAGUGCCCUACUGGAGAAAAGUCUGCACGUAAGCAAUGAGUUGUUGAGGUUCCGGGAGGAUAUGACCCUGGAUACAAGCACCGCCCACUCCUUCCUCAUCCUCUCUGAUGACCUCAAGAAUGUUCGGUGUGGGAAGAUCUGCCGCAACCCAGUGGAAGAUCCCCAGAGGUUCACCCACCUGGCCUGUGUCCUGGGCACCCCAUGCUUCUCCUCCGGCUGCCAUUACUGGGAGGUCGAAGUGGGACAGGCGGAGGAGUGGACCCUGGGGAUCUGCCAGGAAUCAGUCGACAGAAAGAGAAAGGCCGGUUUCUCCUCCGAGCAUGGCUUCUGGUUUAUCAGCAUGAAGGCAGGGACCAUCUAUACCAGCUCCUUCCCAGAAACCAGAAUUCCUGCGAGCCCUGAACUUAGCCACGUAGGAAUUUUUUUAGAUGUUGAGAUGGAAGAAAUCAAGUUUUUUGAUGUGAGAGGUAAUGCCCUCAUCUAUACACACAGUCAUCUCUCAUGCGUGGAGCCUUUGCGUCCAUUCUUCUGUCCCGAGCUGCCUAGAGAAAGUGACAGUGGUGCCUCCCUGAAACUCUGCUCAUGAGAAACUCAGCACUUCCUAGAAGAUUUCUCAGAGGUGAAUGAGACCUUUGACUCGAGAAAGGGCAGAAUGACCUAGAGAGAGACCAUGUGUGUAGUAGAAAGGUUGUGCCGAUUUUUGAAAUAGAUUUUGUAGACUUUGCAGCUGAAUAGUUUUUAGGGUGCAUUUUGUAGACUUCGUAGCUAAAGAACUAUGGGGCCUUAGGGGGUGUUAGUAAGCACUCUAAGCCCCAGUUUUCCUAGUCUUCAAGUGGGGAUCAUUAUAUCUCUCAGCCAAAUAGCUGUGAUGAUCAGAGACGAUGCUGUGCAUUUAUUUUGUACUAAAUACAAAUGGGCCAUUUCAGACUGGAAGUUAAAUAAAAUAUU